AUGUGGGGCAGCGCCGGAGGCCCGGGUUUCGUCACUAGAGGGCGGGGCGUUCUGGAUGCGACGAUCAGCAUCACUCCUUCAAACACCGUCGACAUCAUGAACGCGUUACCAGGCAACAUCGGCGCUGCCGCCGGCGGCGGUAUGGACCCAAACGACCCCAACAUCAAGAUGAUGAACAACAUGAUGGAGUCCUGCUUCGGCAAGACGGUCAUGUCCGGAGUGAUGGGCUUCGGCAUGGGUGGUCUGUUCGGAAUGUUCAUGGCUUCGAUGUCCUACGACACCCCCUACCACGUCCCCGGUGCACCGGGCGCCGCGCCAAAGGAGAUCGCAUCCCUGCCGCUCCGCCAGCAGCUCUCGACCGGCUUCAAGGACAUGGGCACGCGGUCGUACGGCAUGGCCAAGAACUUCGGCAAGGUGGGCGCCUUGUUCGCCGGCAUCGAGUGCGGCAUCGAGGGCCUCCGGGCCAAGAACGACCUGGCGAACGGCGUCGCCGCGGGAUGCCUGACCGGAGGCAUCCUGGCGCGGGGAGGCGGUCCCAUGGCUGUCGGCGGUGGGUGUGCAGCGUUUGCCGCGUUCUCGGCCGCCAUCGAUGCGUACAUGAGGAGUCCUCCGACUGACGACUAG